AUUUAACCGUUAGGAAAGAUCAUCCCACCGUUUCACCUAUAAGCCUUCCUUGCUGAGGAAGAGAAAGUUCUUUCUCUUUUCCUACUGAGUAAACCCAGAAAGAAAGUCCAAGAAAAUGGUAAGAGCAGAACCAAAACAAACCCCACAAGAUUCAAAGCAAGCAAUUCCAAUUGAAAAUAGCCAAAAAGUUGAUACCCUGUUGAGUCCCAGGUUCAAGUCUCUGGCAGCCAUGGCUGGUUGGGACGAGGAAGCCCUUCUCGUUGCUAGUCUCAUCGUCGAAGACACCCCUGAUCGACAAUCCAAACACAAGAAACGCUCCGAUUUGGUUUUCAAGACUCCACCUUCCACCACUUCAAGAAGGAAACGUAGGGUUCAGAGAAGGAGCCCUGUUUCAACUCCUAUUGCUCCUUUAAACCUCGAUGAGGAAGGAACUUCAAAACAAGAGAGUGGGAAAGAGUCAAUGGAACAAAGAAUCAAUGUUAAUGAGGAGAAGAAAUCAGAAGUAAACGAACCAACCCAACAGGCCCCUGGUGUUUCUUGCCCCAACCCAGCUCCUCAGUGUAUGGAUAAACUUAGAGAAGAGCUCUCUUGUGCAAUUUGUUUGGAGAUCUGCUUUGAACCAAGUACCACUCCUUGUGGACACAGUUUCUGUAAGAAAUGUCUGAGAUCAGCUGCAGAUAAAUGUGGGAAGAAAUGCCCAAAGUGCCGGCAGCUAAUAAGCAAUGGAAGAUCUUGCACUGUGAACACAGUUCUUUGGAAUACAAUAAAGCUUUUGUUUCCCCAAGAGGUUGAAGCAAGGAAGGCUGCUGGUGCCUUAAAUAGCCGGGAAGUUGAGCGUCAAAGUCCAGAGAGUGGAAGUCGUAGGACCAGAAGGACUCGUAGUAUCAGAGAUGCAAGUAUGAGCAGAAGAGGGGUGAUGAGCCAAGAUGAGGAUGCUGCAUUGGCUUUAAGGCUGCAGAGAGAAGAUCUUUCACGGUUAGUAAGCACGAGGAGAAGAAGAGAGAUGCCAAGCCAAGAUGAGGAUGCUGCAUUAGCUUUAAGGUUGCAAAGAGAAGAAUUCAUGGAGUCUUUUACAGGGACUAAUCAGCAAUCAAGAACCCCUCUUUCCUUAGCUAGAGCAAAUUUGAGGGCAAUGGCAUCUAGAGCCAUUAACCUUCGCAUCAGAGACCGGCCAGUAUAACCUUUCAAAGCUUCUUCAUUGUUGUUCUUACCGAUGCCACCAACACAAAUAAUCAUGUCAACUGUUACACGUUACAACACAAAAGGUUGUGACCUUUGUAGUCCACUAGUUCUAAGUUCUUUGCUCUCAGAUUUAGUUUUCUUUUCUGCUAGAAAUUUCCUCUGUAAACAAGUCUAUGUAUGUUCCCUGCUAGAAAAGGUUUUCUGCAACUCAUUUUCUGGUUAAUUGGGUCUUCUUCAAGCUAAAAUUGAAAACCCAAAAUUUGGUCCAAGCACUCGGGUUUAUUAGAGAUAUC